AUUUUGCAUCUUGCAAAGCCCAAAAGAAAAUGAAAAAAAAAAAGGAGAAAGUUACUUAAAUUAAAACCCUGAGAAUGCGAAAAUUUUGAGACGCAGCGAGUGGAGUGGAGUGAACUUUCGCAUCAACCCUUGAGUGUCGUUUCGUUUGGGCGCCAAAAGCGUUUCUAGAUUUCAAUUUUUCGGUCUAUUUUCAUUCUCAAUAAAAAAAAUUAUUCGCUCGCGUCUUUUUAAAUCCACUCACUCACUCUUCACACAAUUCUCACACCACAGAAACUGAAAAGAAAAACUUACUCGAGAAAAUGUCUGGAAAGGCGAAGAGGAGAGACGACGACGAUGCUUCCGACGCCGACUCCGAAGGCCACGCGCCGCCCAUGAAGUCCCUCAAGAAGGAUUCCGACGACGAUCCCGACUCUGUUACCAUUUGCGAAAUUUCGAAGAACAGGAGGGUUGCCGUGAGGAACUGGAAAGGCAGCAUUAUGGUUGACAUUCGCGAGUUUUACGUCAAAGAUGGCAAGCAAUUGCCUGGCAGGAAAGGUAUCUCGUUGACCAUGGAUCAGUGGAAUGUGCUUCGUAAUCAUGUCGAAGAAAUUGACAAGGCAGUUAAUGAGAAUUCUUAGGAAGUGGGCAUCUAGUCAAUUUAAUAGUUUACUAUGAUAGCAGGUUAUAUAUAUAGUCUUUUUGGAUGAUUUGAAGUACAGUUAAGGGCUACAGUAUUUUGUCUGAUCAAACCCUUCGAGGUUGCUAUUGUAGGAUUUCGAUUUCAGCCUCUGGUUACUAAUGCAUGUAAAGUGACCUCUAUUAUAUAUGCUAGUAGUUGGUUAACUAUCUACUGCUUACUGCUACCA